AAAUAAUGCAGUUUCAUACUCCGCGGCAACCCUGUCGGGUGUAGCGUAAUAAUUUAUCUGUCAGAAAACUAAUUCAAAAGAUUUUGCUAAGCGUUAAAGACAAAACAAAUUUAAUUGGAACGCCAUGUGCGUUACCAGCACAGACUAAACGUUUCAAUAUAUGUAUAAUAUAUAUUCCAUUAAAAAUCAAUAAGCUCAUCUGUCAUUCUUUGAAUCUGGAGCACGGACCAACCCCCAAAGACGGAGGCCUGCAAAAAAACCGAAAAAAAAAUAUAAAUUGUAUAAAUUGUGUGAGAAAACUUUCGUCAUGAUGAAGCAAAUUUGCAUAUUCAAUGUGCUAGUAUUUUGCACAUUAAUUGCCAUCUGUGUGGCUGCCUUUAGUGAUCCGUACAAGGAGCUCGGUGUAAGCUCUACAGCAUCCACACAGGAAAUUCGACGGGCGUAUAAACAAUUGGCCAAGGAGUGGCAUCCUGAUAAAAGUGAUCAUCCGGAUGCUGAGCGAAAAUUUGUACAGAUCAAAAAGGCCUACGAAUUGUUGAGUGACAUCGAUCGGCGGCGUAUUUAUGAUAGGCAUGGCAUUACCAGCGAGGACUCUCAUUAUUUAAAGCAAAAGCACGAUUAUAGCGGCUAUAAUCGAUUUGGCUUCGAUCCAGUUGAAGAGUUCUUUGGUAAGCAAUUUGGAUUUGACCAAGACAUCAGCUUAUAUCACAAACUCUCGGUGACGUCCAACUACUUUGAGCAUACCAUCGUACCAAAGAGCAAGACUAAGUUGCAUAUUAUCAUGUUCUACAACGAUUGGUGCUUUGGCUGUAUACGAAUUGUGGGAGCAUUUAAGAAGUUGAUUGAUACCUUCGAGCCAUUGGGAAUAUCUUUUGUCACCAUCAAUGCAGCACAUGAGCCAAGCAUUUUGCGUAAAACUGGAGCAGAUGAUAUACCAAGAAUGGUUUUGGUUCUUGGUGGGCAUAGCUAUGUCUAUAGAGAGAAUAUUUACACCCAACAGAAGUUGGCGGAGUUUAUUCGCAAGAAGAUGCCCUUUAAGAUUGGUCAGCGCAUCAAUGACGAGAAUGUUGAUGAAUUUUUGAACGGUUGGACAGAUAAUCGGGUACGUGCUCUGGUCUUAGAGCCCAGAAGCGUAACCAGACUGAGAUAUUUGAUAAGCGCCUUUGCUUUCCAUGAUCGUGUGGCUUUUGGCUUUGUGGAUCUAACGAGCAAGGCUUCCAGCCUCAUGGCAGAUCGCUAUAAAGUUAAUCCCAAAUUAGACACACUCUUUCUGUUCAAUGAGGAUUCCGUGCGAGCUGUUGCCAGCAUUUCCAUGGCCGAUAUACCCACACAAACCUUGGACAAUAUCAUCUCAACAAAUCAAUUUCUCUCCCUACCCCGACUAUCCUCCCAAGAUGUGCUCGAAGGUGUUUGUCCAGCUGAAUGGAAUAGGCCUAGAAAGCGUUUGUGUGUAAUACUUAUUACAGAAAACUCUCCCGAAUAUGAUAUAGCCAGAGGAGCACUACGACAUAUAGCUUUAGAAUCUGGCUAUAGUUUGGAGAGAGUUCGAUUUGCGUACAUGUUUAAGGAGAAGCAGGCAGAUUUCCUUAAUGCCAUUUCGAAGGGCUCCUUUGAGGACAAUCUAUUGAGGCUCGUCGUCAUCUGGAGGCGUGAUAGCACACAAAUCAAAUACGAAUGGGUCGACGGUGCCAAGUUGGACAUUAAAACAGCCGACUAUUUGAACAAUAGUGCCAUCAAUGCCACAAAACAUGAGAUUAAUCUUACUAUACAAAGGCUGUUAAAGACAUCAGAGGCAUUAACCUAUGAGGCAUUCGUGCAGAAUUUGCUAGAUGAGCAUGCACAAGGCAUGUUGAGUAAAUGGAUCACAAGACUACUCUAUCUGGUCGAUUAUUUAUCUGAUAAUAUCGAAGACGAACAUCUCUUUGCUGCCUUAUCGCUAUUGGGCACGAUUGCGUUUAUGUUUGGCAUUGGCUAUGUUAUGAUGUACUUUGUGCGCGCAGAGGAGGAGUCUCUUAAAGCUCAAGGACAGCUGAAUGAGGGACAAUGCAAUAAGCAAAGCAAACACGUGCCGGAGCUAAAGCUGUACGAGCUGAGGGCAGAGAAAUAUAAUGGUCUCGUCCGCCUGCUAAAGCCCGGAUGUCGUACUAUACUAUUAAUAACUGAUAUGCAGAGCCGUACCAAGUUAAUUCCACCUUAUCAUCGCGCUGUUUGGCCAUAUAGGCGGACCAAAACCCUUCUCUUUGGCCACAUGCUCAUUGAAAAGGGCUUGUCCUGGUACUCAGAACUGUUACGCUUAUCGUUAUGCACAAAUCAAAGCCUACAAAUCAAUCCCAGAAAUUGUGUUGGAACUGUUAUAGCCCUAAAUGGGCACCGCAAGUAUUUCUGCGUAUAUCAUGCCAAGCAUCCAGAAUGCGCACGCGGCACCAAGCGAAUGAUCAAGAUGACCAAACAAUUGCUGGAUCGUAACGAUGACCCAGAAAUUGGCAACUUCCUUGGUGUUAAUUACUCCGAAGAAUCAGAUACCGAAUCGAAUGUGCUAUUCGAAGACAAUUUGUUAGAUGGCCUCAGCAACUGGCUAGAUCGUUUAUUCGAGGGAACAACACACAGAUAUUACAUCAACUAUUGGCCCGAUUUUCCCACAAAGUAAAGAAAAGUUCGCGUAAAGUAUUAAAGUAUGUGUAAAUUACUUUGUCACCCUGCAAUUUCUUGUAAAUCCUUUCUAGUCAAUAAAAAGAACAAUCUACGUAUUAUCAACUCUUUCCUUGAAAAAUAAUUAUGCUGCGCUGCAAUUGAUUUGGAUUAGAGCAAGAAAUCUGCCA